AUAACUAUGUCUGACCUAGACGAGUUCACUGAGACCGUCUUCCAAGAACUCCGUGAUGGAGUGCCAAUCCUGGGCACCGACGGCCCCUUGGACAUGACUGGCGUCGAUUGUCUCCCUGACAUGCACAACCUCGAGGAGCACCCCAGGCCGUACGGACACGACUGGACUGGCGUAGACCUGCUCCCAGCCGAAGGGUCAAACGAAGAGGCCGAACUGAUGCGGAUCUUGGAGGAGAGCGGCGUUUGUGUUAAUCCCAGCGCGCCCAACCAAGACUACGCUUACAACCAAGGCUUCUCUGCCUUCACGUCCAAUGCCGCGUCAUCCGGGGUCGUUCCUGCAUAUGAUCGGUAUGCUACUGCCGCCCCACAAGCCCUUUCGCAGAGUAUGUCACCCGAAAUCUACUGCUUGUGGCCCGCUCCUCAUCGUGUGCCGUUCACACAGACCUCUACGGACUACUUCUCCGUGGCGAACGAAUCGGCGCCGCUGCCAUCAAUUGCCCGCAGGAAGAGGCGGCUAGACGAUAACGGCGUCGAAUGGUCCACCUCCAAGCACAAGAGAUGGCUAAGUGCAAGCGCAGGGGAGCAAAUCCCCCCGUCUGCACAUCCAGUUUCCAGUAGGUUCGCCACAGCCUACGAAGCCUCCGAGGGCAAUGCCCUCAGAUACAACAACGAAACAACAAGAACUUUUGGCGGCGAGGAAAUUUUCUUCGCCGCCGAUGCAGUCCCAGUCACUGUCCCAUCGUCGAUCCAAGGGCCUUGGCCCACGAUGACAUCGACAGCCGCGCCAGCGACGCAUCCGUAUCAUCCGCAGGCACCGUAUAUGAGCGCCGGGUACAACAAUCAAGCCAUUCCUCAUUCAUUCAGUUCAUUUGGCGCACAGCCCACCUUCCAACAGGACGUGCCAAUGCUGCCAUGGGGUGCAACGCCAGAGAGCCGUCAGCGGUUCGACAUGAUGCCACAUAUACCGACAGAAAACGGAGUCUACUUUCCUCGGCCUCCCUUCAUCACAGGGCCAUCGAUGAUUUACGACCCUUCCCUGCAAAGGAUGACGAGCGCCGAGGAAGAGGAUCCGUUCUUGCUGCGGUCAAUGCCUACAAUGCCUAUCGAGAGCAGCCUUGGUGCAUCCUUCGCACAGCCACAGCCCAGCUACUCAACAACAAUGCGAGAGCCCUAUCGGGUGCUCCACACCAGUGCCGCAGAGCCCCAGCCUUUCACCUUCCCUGUCGCUGCGCCCAUAUUCGGCGCAGUGCCAUAUCCCCCAGACGGUCGACUCCCUUCAGUCGCGAACGCAUUGCAGAUAUCCGGAUCGUCCACCUCGUCGAUGGUGCCAUCAGCUGCGAAGCCGAAAAGGAAAAAACAGCCACCUCGGGCAUCCGGCACGACUUCAUCGUCUAAGAUCCCAUCAACCUCCAAGCCGAAAAAGAAAAAACAGCCGCCUCGGGCAUCCGGCACGACAUCCAAGGCGCCAUCCACCUCCAAGCCGAAAAGGAAGAAACAAGCCCCUGCUCAGACAUCGGGCUCGUCCUCGUCGACGGCGCCCUCAUGCGUGCGCCCCAUAAAGCGCAGACGGCCUCCUCAGACCCCAUACGACCCGGACGGGGUCGGGUGCCAUAUCUGCAAGGGAGGCUUCACGAGGCCCUCGGAGGUGACCAAGCACUUGAGGACGAAGAAGCACCGCCUGAACGAGCUCGCGAUGAUGUUCCCAGGCCUGAAGAUGUCGCAGCCGAAGAAGGAUAUCAUAUGCCCCAUUGACAAGUGCGAUGAGGUGGCGGUGGAAUCAUGGCUGAUGAAACAACACCUGGAAGAGAUACACGGACUGAUUGCGAAGGCAGUGAGCGCGACGAAUGUGAAUAAUGCAGAUGUGGAGAAAGGGGACGAUGUAGAUACGGAUGAAGAUGAGUCGGAUUGA